AUCUGCAAUCGAGCGCAGUCAGUGCCAUUUGGGGCCAUCAGCUAAGAAGCAGGGUAGUACGGUGUAUCCUGCAAACGCGCAAUCGUUAAACAAACCAAAUAAAUUUAUUGUAAUUAAAAAAUGCUCCAGAUAAGAAUAAAUUUUCAAAAACUAUUUAAACCGUGAUCUACAUAUUUCCUCGUUUUCUCUGCCUUACUGCAAAAUACUCGUAGUCAAUCGCACGAAAGUAAUCGAAACGAAGCGAUUGAGUCUUCCACAAGAACCCACUUAUACGACGACAGUUGAAAGAAAAUUGAAGUGUGAAAAAUGUAUAUGCAUGCAGAAGUUAAGUGGACCUAAAGUAUCGCAUUGCGUAUAGAUAUUGGAUAUUGAAUAUGGAAUUUUUUCCAUCGUGUAUGUUCUAUCUACAAAAUUUAAUUUAAUACACUUGAAAAUCGACAUAAUAAUAUCAGUGAAAAAAUAAUAAUUAAUACGGUAUUCAUUAAUAUUUAAGUUUUUCGAUUAUAUCUUUAUUGUCAAGGCUAUAAACUGUUUUUUCACAAACAAAGUGUAAAUAAUUUACGUAAAAAUAUUAUAUAACUUAUAGCAAGUAAAAGUAUAGAUGUUCUCAUACUUCCUAUUCGCUUUUUUAGUUUUAUUGCAGUCAUAUUUCCGUCCUGGACUUACGUAAAACGUUCGGAGACAGUCUGAAUUUUGAGAAAGUGAAAAUUAUAUUGAUAUAAACUUAAAAUAUUAAAUGCCAUAACGUAGUAUGAGCGAUUGCAUAUUAAUUAAAAAAUUAUGAAUUAUGAGUGCCUAACAUAAUGCGAGUUAAAGAUAAAAUGUUAAAAAUUCAAUAAAAUAAAAAAACCUUGUAUGUGAAAUAAUAUAUCAUUCAGUGUCACUUUAUUAUAUUAAGCUAUUAAAAGCAAAAAAUAGUCAUAAAAAGUUAAAGAAAAGAAUAAAUUAGUUCGUCCCCAAUAUCCUUCCUUAUUUGCCCCCGUACUAUAAAAAAUCUACAACGACAGCUAAGUUGAAUUAUAUAAAAAAUUUUGUGGAUAUACGGAUUUUCAUAUUUAGGCGCUGCUCGUAUAAGUUCGUUCGCAGUUCGUUUCGCCUCUAAAACGCUUCGUAUUCUUCUUUCGGCUAUAUGUGUAACAUAGUGUUUCGCAGUUACAUUUCGGUUUCGUCUGUCGGUUGUAGUUACCUUUGUUAGGUUCAUCAGUACUUUAGUGAUUUACACAAGUUGUGAAUGUUCUUAACGUGAACAUAUCUUCAUUUUUAUUGAAUUCCUUUCAAAAUGAGCUGAACACUUCGGUAUUGGAUCUCUAGAAUUUCAUUUGGUAAGUUGUGGUGCGGGGAAGUGCAUUGGAAUGAACUGAGCUGAAUCGAGUUGAACAACGAGAAUGGAAAAGCAAUGUGGACAAAUCUCGGUUAUCGAUGAGAAAAAUACUUAUGUUGCCUUGUGCAUCGAGUCUCAGUGCGUUACAUUAAUGCCGAGUUGUACGGGUUUUGGUUACAAUAAUUGAAGAGAAAAAAAGCUCUCCCGACAAGACAAAUUCGAAUAUAUGCUACAAAGUAUAUCUAAAACCAAUUGGAAAUAAAAAUGGAUAAAUGCGCGUACUAAAGAGAAUACGACACUACCACACUCGUCUCCACUUCUAACUCCAAAUGCUUCGAUUAAAAGUCUAAAGAAGACAUUUCAGUUUUUUGUCUCCAUAAAAGUGUCGAAUUUAAUUGAUAAUGAACAUCUAGCAUUUUUCGUGUGAUUUAGGCUUAACACAUGAUUAAGGCCGUAACUAAAAUAUUAUCAAAUGAUGGGCUUCCCAAAAAUUCAAACAAAAAUGGUGUUUGUGAGUAUUUAAUAUAAUAUGAAGUUUCAAGGUUAAUCGCGUUUACAAGAGAACCAAGUAUGAGCACACUACGACUGCUCGAACUGCUUGUGGGAAUAUGCCGACACAAUUCCGUCUCUCGUUUAGCACAACUCAUUCUUAAUUGCCUGCAGUUUCUAAUUUUGGGUACUUAUCGAUCGAAUAUUGUUAAAUGUUUUUGUUAGUGUCAUUGUUAUUGCAACAUAUCAUCGUCAACUCUUAAAUUUGCACCUACAAUUUUGGAUUUCGAGUAACGACAACAAUUUACGCAUAUAUUCCUAAAUACAUAUUUGCAUAAAACAAACGAUUAACGGUAUGCUGAGCGCUGCUAAAACCACAAACAAAAUUGUGUGCUGUAAAUGGGAGUUGAAAACUGUUCUGGUCACAGCCAUCCUCCUAAAAGAGGUCUCACUUUGUCGGAAAUAAACGAUUUGACGUCUAAUAAUAAAAAUUAACGGUCAACUUUUAUGACUAGAUCAAACAACUCUAUACUUACAUAUGGGUGUGUGUCUCGGUAUCUAUUUAGCAGAGUAAAACAUUUGUAUAAAAGGCGAAGUUGUAACCAUUUGUCCCAGAGUACUAUCACCAAUAACACUAAGAAAAUAUGAUGGGGCCAUGAGCCCGUCAUUAUUUGAAUUAAAUCCGAGUCGCAAGCGCGUCUCAAGCGGGCCUGCACGAUGCUAGCACCGCCGAACCCGAGGUCAAUAUGCGGCCAGGACCCGGGCUGGUCGUGAUGGCGCUUGCGUUUAUUUCGGGGGCUCGGCGUGGCAGCACCAGCACCAAUUCCAAAUCAUCAUCAUCGGCCACAUCAGCAUCAUCACCAUCGGCUUUUUUCACCUCUACCGCAUCCGAUAAUGAUCUUGAACCCCUGACACCUUCUCUACUGUUUCCGGCCUUUCUCGGUGGAGGAGGUGUGCUAACAUCAGCUGACUCGCCAUCAUUAUCCAAUCAUCCUGUACAAGAAUCGGAAGGAGAAAAUCGCAAAGGCGAUUACAACUACAUAUACAACGGCUACUUUAAUUUACUUCCACUUGCACAACAACAGCCAAGCGAUAGGUCAAUCCAAAGCGAUCAGCAUCUUCGCUUAGAGACACUCUCCGGCUUAAAAUCGUCUUCACGUGCAACUAGACAAACGAGAAUAAUACGUAGCUUAAAAAUAGGUAAAAGAAAACUAAACGAAAUUAGACACGAAACCGAAGUUGAACGCCAAAGUGAAAACGUGGGUAACUCGGGAAGUGUGGUGGAUUCUGAAACUGGUAGCGGUAGUGGAAUUGAUGAUGUUGAUGACAACAUCUCCAAUGUGGAAACGAAAACUAGCGCUAGUCUUUUAGCAGACGAUAACGGCGUUAAAAUAAAUACUGAACAGAUUUCACUACGAUAUCCUACAAAUUCAGCGGAUGCAUCACAAUCUUUGGAUGAAGAUGAUAUAUUAGCCUUGGUCGCCGAAGAUGAUCUUUUAUCGGAAGAGUCAUUUGAUCGACUCACGAAAUUCACUGAUGACAAAAUUGGUUAUGUCAUUGUUGAUGAUUAUGAUGCCGUAAAUGAGGACACAACUAGUGGAGUGAGUGAGGGAUUUCUAACUUCUGCUCCUGAAAAGAAACAACACGAACCGCGGGACGUCAAAUAUCCUGAAAAUGAUAAUAGUGUUGGCAAUGAAAAUGGUACUGGAGGACAUAGUAGUUUUCAAAAUGAACAAGAACAUAGAAAUGAAGAAGAGAAAAUUAACAGAAAGGAAAAUGUAAACCAAAAUAUAAACGAAAAAAAUUACAUGGUAAAUAAAGAAAACAACCCAAAUAAUUUACCGGUAAUUGGCGAUACUUCGUUUGUUGCUGCGUUUAGUGAAAAUGGUUUGAGUCACACCAUUACGACGGAUAGUGAGAGCAAUAUUCGAAAUACCAAAUGGUCGAUAUUUGAAAGCGAGUCUCCACUAACUCGACUUAAUCCCUGGAUAUCAGCCUGUGACCUGGCACAACCAGGUACUGCACCAGAUCUACAGGGUCAAUGCUCUGCUGGUACAUUACCUGUAGCAUGGGUUGAUGAGGGUCCCGGACCUCCAACUUGCCCAGUUUCGUGUGAAAAAUCAAAGACGACGAGUACAGUAAAGCAGUUUAAAAUUAAACCGUAUAAUAAUAACAGUAAUUUAUUAAAUAAUUAUAAAGAUAAUAUUAAGCAACCUAUUGAAAACCUUUAUGAUACCGCAACCAUGACGAAAGUUCGUCGGGAUUUAAAUAAAUGGAACGGCAACGACAGCAAUCAGACUUUUGAUGGCGAUGGAAUGCCAGUUGGCACAAAAAUAUCAAAACAACAUGUAAAGCAAAUGUUGCAUACUGCAUCGGCUUCAGCUAUACAAGCAAGUUCGUUUCAAGACCAGCAAACCGAUUUUCGCACACGUGAGAACCAAGCGAAUAAUAAUAUUGCUGAAAGUAAUGGAAAUGCGGGCGAAACUAGAAAAUCAUAUGAAUAUACCGACUAUAACAUAGUUGGACCAAAAUAUGAAAAAAAUGCUGGUCUAGUUUUCAACAACAAAAAACAAAAAAAACAAUAUGUUGAUUACAGAGAGCAACCACAACAACAAAGGAAGGAACAACAGUGCCUUGAUUACUUGGGCGAUACGGAGGAUACAAGUCCGGUUCAUUUAUGUACAUUCAAAUCGGCCGGCGAAUUGGCGGAUCGACUGCGGUCACUACGUUUACGGCAUUGCUGUGAGCGCAAUGUCUUCAGCGCCCUACACACUCUCGCCUUAAAUGCCACCCUGAGUGGUGGAGUCGAAUGUGUUCGUACUCUAAUGGAUGUUAUGGACUUGGAUCAACUAGCUACUCGCAUUACUUGUGAACUGGCAGAAAUUCUUUUUCGCUUCGAUUGCCGUCAAGUGUAUUCAUUAAUUCACCAGUGUGACGAUUGUAAAGAGUCUUACCGGCGCUGGGUUUGUAGCACUCUGGUUCCAUAUUUUGCUGAGGAACGUGACAUUUCUCUAUCCCCAAGUUAUAACAAAAACAGUAACAAUAAUCGAAACAGCAGCAAGAGUAACAACAUAAAUAAACAAAAUAGUAAUCAAACCUUACCUAAGGACAUUACUAUCAAUACAACUAGUUUAUUGCUACCGAACGUAAAUGACCAGAAUGAGUUGAAAGUCGUUGCAAAUUCAGCUAGUGGUUCAUCACAACGAACUAAACGCGAGAUCAACCAACAACUGGCAUUUUUGAAUACAUCUUCGUUCGCGAACAAAAAAGAUGUACCUAUGAGAAACCACACGUCUACGGUGUGGAAACGGAGUAAACGAAAUAUGGAUGACAAAUGCAACCGGCACCAACAUCAGAAGCAAGAGAUGUUACAGGGGCAACAAAAGCAUCCAGAACAACUUAAACAAUCCAAUAUCUUCAUAUCGACUGCCAUUAAUGCGGAUCCAUAUAAUGAGGAUCCAGUGAUAUCAAAAAUAAUUAAACGAUCUAAACGAAAGGUGAUAUUUCGAAAGCGUAGAAGAAUACGACCCUGCCUAAGCGUCUGCCAAACGGUUGAGCAGAAAUGCCCAUAUCUGCUCCCAGCUGAUCGAGCUCCAGCGCUGCCUACACAAUAUGCCGGCGAGCCAACGUUCCUUUGUUUGGAUCAAAGCAUACCAGAAACUGGUGAACAAUUGCGUAAAUCAAGCUAUGGACCUGCCGAAUGUUGUUAUAGCUACUGUAAUAAUAUCGCAGAUGGAAUUUGUGCCUACUGCAAUGAGUUCAUACAAGAUGCAGAGACUGUUUCCCCGAUCGUAAGUUCAGCGCCACGUUUACAUAAUAUCACGCUAACGGCGACUGGUCAGUAUCGACUGGAUGCCCGUUUGGAAGCAAUUUUGGCAAGAGACUCGACGGAUAAACUGGCUGCCAGCAUAUCAAUUGCACUACAAAAUAGUACAGCAACAGCCGUAAGUGGCCAAAUCGAUCGUUUACCAUAUUUUGCCCUCUAUGAUGGCAUCUAUUACUACGAUGAGAACACGGCUGACAUGCCCGAAGCCGCGAUCUCGGACAAUUGCCCACCAGUACCGUCGGUGACAAGUCGCUGCUCUAUACCGUACUACGCCUCAUCGGCGGUGGCCAUUCGCUUACAACAAAAGACAGUACCAAAGGAUGUAAGUCACCACCACAUGUUGUUAUUGCUCAGCGCAAUGCUGUGUUUGCUGACGAGUCAAACGGCUGCAAUUCAGUUAAAAAGUCAGACACACCCGAAUCGAAAACUGCGCAAAUACAUGCUGCAGAGUUCAAAAGCUCUCUAUGUCAACGGUUUUCAAUCCAGAGUGAAGUACAAACUUCCUGCAGCCAUAUUUGCACCGAGUGAAUUCAUGUACUUGGCUAGCCAUUCUGCCAUGAAACAAAGAAUCCACCAAAUAGCCUGGACCGGCGUUUCGUUGGAAAAAUCCACAGAACCCACCAUAUUCUAUUUUAGUAGUGAUAUUUUCGAAAUCAAUACGAGUAGCAUCCGUCGUAGCGUCCAUGAAUGUGGCCGACUUAUAGAUUGUUGCAUUGAAGAAAACCUUAGAAGAGGUUGUAGUGAGAGUGGAAAUCCAAAGGAAAUCAAGCAUAUGGAUCGAAAAUUAAAUGGAUAUCAAAAGCGAAAUAGAUUCGUAAGCGUAAAUAAAACUAGAAAUGGUAAAGGGAGUGGGGGGAAAAGUGCGAUCACCGAAGAAUAUGGUGAUUUGAAAGCAUUAAAUGAAAAUUACAUUAGUAGUACUAAGUACAGGGGCUACGUAAGGUAUAAAUAUGUUCAGAAGAAUAUAGGAAAUAAUAAUAAAACUACUUAUAGAUUAAAUAGCCAAUUGUAUUUUAAUAGUAAUACUAAAAUCUAUGGUAGGAAAAAGUGUAGUAAAUUUAGAAAUUUUAAUAUUGCUACAAACACAGACUAUAAUAAAUAUCAUAAUAAUGAUGUAAUUAAAAUAACAUCAAAUUCGAAUAAUAAAUCAAACAUAAAAGGAAACAUAAAUUAUUGCAAUUAUACUAACAAUUGUAAAUCUAAUAAUAAUAAGAAUAGCAUUGACAGAUUUAAUUUUAAUAAUACAGAAAAGAAUUAUCAGUUCAUUUACUACUAUAAUUUCAAUAUCAAUGAUUGGUGGCGGCGAUGGUGGUGGUCUCCAUGGACACGGUCUACUCAACGACAAAAUAUUUUCAUAUUAUAGUUUCCCCCGCUGUCCAUUCGAAGUAACAGCGUUAGAUGUCUCAGCCCCUUCAGCCAUAGUUUGAGCUAAAUUUAAAAACAAAAUUUUUUUUUACCAAUUUUUUAAUUUCGUAUAUAUUUGUAACAUUUCCCAUGGAGUAAUAUUGAUUUCGUUCUUUAAACUCAAACUAUUCAAGUGUAUUGAGUUGUUGACUAUAAACUAUAAGUCAGAUAUUUAUACUCUUGCAACAAUGUUGCUAAAAAGAGUAUUAUAGUUUAGUUCACAUAACGGUUGUUUGUAAGUCCUAAAACCAAACGACUGAGAUAUAUAUACCAAAGUUAUCAGGGUGACGAGUAGGAUGUCUGUCUGUCUGUCCGUCCGUCCGUGCAAGCUGUAAAUUGAGUAAAAAUUGUGAUAUCUUGAUGAAACUUGGUACACAUAUUUCUUGGCACGAUAAAAAGGUUAAGUUCGAAGAUGGGCGAAAUCGGACCACUGCCACGCCCACAUAAAUUAAGCUAUAAAAGAAAUUUGGCACAAAGGAUCGCACUAUUAAGGGGCAUAUUUGGAUGUAUUUUGUUUAGGGAAGUGGGCGUGAGCACGACCCCUACUAAGUUUUUUUUACAUAUCUCGUUAACUACUUAAACUAGAGCAACGAAACUUUCUAGGGUCCGUUUUUUAGGUACUACAUUAGACAGUCCAAAAAUGGAGGAAAUCUGAUUAUAAACACGCCUACCUCCCAUUCAAAGAUUAUGUUGAAAACUACUAAAAAUGCUUUAAUUCAGUAAGGAAACCACCAGAAACCUUAAAUUUAUUUUACAUAUGGUAGAGAAGAGCUGCACUCAACAUGGUACAAAAAUUUUAAAUGGGCGUGGUUCCGCCCACCUAUGGGUCCGAAACUACUCGACCAAUUUCAAUGAAAACCGGUUCAUAAUAUCUGUUUGGCUUCCCAAUGAUAUGUUGUGAAAAUAGUUCAAAUCGGUUCACAAACACGCCUACUUCCCAUAUACCAUAACGUUGAAGUCGAUCUGAAUUGUUUAAUUUACAAUAUAUAGUGAAGAUAUCGAAACAGAACUUUGCAAAAAUACUGGAUUUAAAGAGUGGCAUCGCCCUUCUAAAAAUCGUCGAAAUCGGUCCAUAAGUUUUCAAGACCCUAUAUAUCGAUUAUGGGGACCUCGGUGCUUCUAAUAUUUUGAAGAAAUUCAGAGGGAAUAUGUUUCUUCUAAUAAUAUGUCUCCGAGCCAAAAAUUAGUGAAAUCGGGUCAUAACUUCCCCUAGCUCCCAUAUACCUAAUAUUAGGGUUUUCAAACUUUCAAUGGACUUUAUACCAUAUAUAGUAUAUGCCGAAUAUGUGAGUCAAAUUGUUUGUAAUUAUUUUAUUAUAAUUAAAUAAAUAAAUUGCGAGAGUAUAAAAUGUUCGGUGACACAAAAACUUAGCCCUUCCUUCCUUGCCAUUAUCUUUGAAAUAAAUGAAUUUGUAAUUAUACACAUAUUUAUUUUUAUAACAUGCCGGAAAGAAUUAACGUAUCUUACGAAACUACUUAUGUACCCACUCUGAAUUUAGUUGUUUAUUUAGACAGUACCCACUGCUUUUUACCAGAUACUUAUGCCUACACUCAGUUUAGGGAAGGAGUAGCUGUAGUUUUAGGCGCCUGCUACACCUUCAAUAUUUAUCGCGAUAUUUGGAUCGUCAAUAUUAUACGAUUGUUAGUGUUUUCACAGGAAAAAAAUAUUUUAAAAAUGUAUUUGUUUAUUUUUUGGUACAUUUUUUUAUAAAAUGUCGGAAGAAAACCGAAGAAAAUCAUGUUUGGCUCUGGUUUUUGCUCCCACAGCAAUUCAUUAUAUGCAUCCAAUAUUUGGACGUUAUCAAAAAGAAAAAAACCUUUGCCAGAUGAGAUGCAUAGCUCUGGCAAAGAUUCUACUGUAAACAUUAUAAUUCAUGUUCAUUUUAUUAGAAUAAAUUUGAUUUUAAAAUUUUGCUACUGUUGUCUUUCACCAAUUCGAAUUUGUAAAUCACAAAAUAUGCUACACGUCCAAUAUUUAUCUCGCGAUCCACGAUCCGCGAUCUGGAUUUCAAAAUAUUUAAAUAUUUUGUGAUAUGGAUCGUGAUCCUACAAUAUUGCAUGCUAAACCUUAUAUCACGAUACAAGAAAUAUCACGAUACAAGAAAUAUCACGAUAAAUACUGAACGUGUAGCAGGCGCCUUAGGGUUAAAAUGAAAUAACAAAAGUCUAUAAAAGGCGGUUAUUCAAUAUGAGAGUUUAAAUUUCAGAGACAAUUAUAUUUGGUGUCCGAAUUAGAUAAUAUUUGUAGUUUAUUACGAAAUGUAAUGGUGUGGAGAAUCCUUAGGCACAUAGGGAUUUUGAUUUUGUAAUCAUAUAUUUUGUUUAGGAUUAUUUCUGUAACUCGAUACAUCGUGCUAAUAGUUCAAAUUUCAAAUUUUAAUAUACACACACAUAUAUUCUUAUAUCUAAUAUCUAUGAGCUUUUAUUUGGAAUAGAACGAAGCAGACGUCUCUAUUGAAAAAGUGUGAAUGCAUUGAUGGAUCUAAAUAGAGAUAUUUCAGCACAUACAUACAUACAUACAUAUGCAUACAUAUACAAAAACUCAUUAACAUUGUAAAUGAAUCAACAUAUAAGUACGACUAAACUAAAGAACCUUUAGUAGAAGAAGAAAAAAACUUCACAUAGAUAAAGAAACCAUAUUUUAUUACAGUUAGAAAUACACUGAAGAUAAUAUAUUAAAAAUAAUAAUAUUUAAACAAAAACUGCCAAAAGUUUAGUUUUAUAGAUAAAGCCCUAUUAUAAAUACUUUAUUAAAAUAAAAUUAAACAAAACGUAAAGAAACCGAAAGCUACUAUUUAAAUAUAGUAAAAACUAUUUGAUUUAAAUCUAGAAAUAAUAAUGUAUCGUCAACAAAUAAACAAAAAAUUAGUCUAAAAAACACACACACUCAAGAGCAAACAAAACAAAACUAAAUAAUAAAAAAAUAAUUAUUGAUACAACUUGGAGACAUAUUAAGAAUUAAUUAAAGGAGCAAUGUAACACUAAUGUUUUCGUAUCAAUAGAUUCAAUAAUAAAUGACAUAAACAAUGACUAUAGGCAAGAAAAAAAUAUCUUUAAAACAACAUUAUUAUAAUUAAUAUGGGAAUAAAUUUGUGGUCAAUGGAAUGAUCAUCGUUGGCACAUUUCUCGAGAAAGAGAGAAAGAGAAGUAAUCGUGCGAGUACAUGUGUAAAUAUAUCAUAGUGGUUUGGCGAGCUAUCAGCAAUGUAGAUUAUUCGGAAUAAUAGACUCAGCUACAAAUACACAAAUAACAAUAAGAUUUAUUGUUAAUAUGUCAACAAAUAAAACCAAAUCGACGAGAAAAGAACAACAUUUUCAUUUAGUUUUAAUCAAUGAAGCGCACAGUAAAAGUAUAAAUAAGAAUACUUGUAAAAGUAAAUGGUAAUAAUAUUAAUUUUAUAACAAAACAUGGUCUAUCCAAAAUUAUAUUAAAAAUACAUAAAAUAUUGUGAAAUAUACUUAUGUAUUGCGAAUACAUACAUAUACAGUGGAACUUCUCUAACUCGAAUCACCAUAAUCCAUAAAAAAACUUCGAGUUAAAGAAUUUUUAUUCGCAUAAAGUUUUAUUUACAUAUGUACGUUACAUUCUUUAAUUUUGUUCGUUGCAGUUUGCUAUUGUUUGGCUAUUGAAUUCUGUCUCAUGCCUUUGUUACAUGAUUUAUGCAAUCCAUAAAUAUAAUAUCAUAUUUUUGUUAGCCUCCGUACGAUAUAGACAGACUGUUUUAAAAUUCUGCCUCGAUAGCAAAAUUUUAAAUUUUGUAUUAUCCCCUGGUCGAAAAGUUCGAUUUAUGGAAUGAAUUUUGUAUGUAAUUUUACUUCUAUUGUCAUUUCAAGAGUUCGAGUUAUGGAGAUCUUCGACUUAAAGAAGUUCGAGUUAUGUAAGUUCCACUGUAUAUAUGUAUAUAGGUACAUAUGUAUAUAUAUAUAUAAAUAACAACAGCAUAUGAACAUAUAAACAUAUUUGGAGGAGAAUCAUGUCGUAUAGUUAAAUGAAAUAUGCCUGUAACUGCAUAAAUCGCAUAAAGUGAUUGGCAUUACCAGUACCUAUACUUAAUAUUGUGAACGAUCGUUAUUAGCUGACGUUAUGUGAACUUAUGCAUGUACGUUGAUCUUUCCGUCACUGACAAACAUAUUAAUCGUUACUGUAAUUAAGAAUUUGUAAUAUUUUCAAAUAUGCAUAAAUUUUUUUUUAUAUAAUUAUAUGUAAGAACAUUUAUGAAUUGAAAACCCUCUUUUUCAGCAUUUAACAUAAAUUUUUCAGUUCUGUAUGCACCUAUAAUUUUAGAAAAUAUGUAGUGUUCUUCUUUUUUAUUUUCUUCACUUUGUGCCGUUGAAUAUAACAUUGGUUUAAGGUAUGCAUGUAGGUAAGAAACAUUGCAUCUUCAUCUGCAUCUUAAACAUCUUCGUACGUAUGUCUGUAUAGCCCAAUGGAUAGCCUUGAAAAUGGUAAAAAAGUCUGGCACGUAUUUAAUUGGAGACUGUCGAGCCCUGUGGGUGCCCUCUUUGAUUCGCCAUUUCUAAACUCGCUAUCUUGUACGUGAGACUGAUUAAGGUGAAACACCCGCUACAUUCCACGUUACCAAGUUUUCUUUUACAUAUUUUAGGUCAGUUUACUAUGAAUAAAUAGCGCAGAAAAUCUUUGCCAUAAGUCUGAUGUCUAGGUAGAUUUCCGUUAGAAUAUCUAGUUUUAAACUGGUGACUUUCCUAACCAGUUCGAUGCAUGGCCUCAAUGGGAUGCAUACUUACAAGGGUUCUAGAUAUGUAUGUACAUAUAUGUGUGUAUAUAUAUGUGUAAUUACAUAUUCCUGUGCAUGUAAUUGUUUUAUGAUUCAAUAAUACUAGUACUAAUUGAAAGUUAAAUUGAAAGUUACAGAAUCUUACGCUUCGAGAGACGCAAAUAUAAUAACAUUGUUAAUAUGUUUAAAUUUCCAACCCCAACCCAGACAUAUACAAGGUUUUUGUUACUAAUGUGAGCAUAUUUUGAAAUUGUCUGUGGCCUUUAUUGUCCCUGUGACCAUGAACAGUAUAUACGCAUAUGUACAUUUUGAAUUUUCAUUUUAUUUGUAGCUUCAUAAAUUAGGGACGAAGAUAAAGGUUCAGAUCUUACAACUUCAGUUAAUAACAGAAUUCGAAAUUUGCGUGUCGAAUUAAAAAAUAAUAUAUAUGAAUGUAUCUAAUUUAUUUAUUUAAACUAUCUUUGAUAAACAUUGCUUUAUAACAAAUAUUUAUAAUAAUUACAUUAGUUUAAUUAAGUUUCUAUUUGAGAAUAGUAUAUGUACUAUAAUGUAAUAGUACCAAUUAUAAUUGUUUACUAAAUGCCACAAAACUCGAAAUAAUAAUGCUACUGUAAUAUAUGCCAGGAAUAAUUAAUUAUUGUAAUAAUUUUAUGAGUCCUUUUCUACAUUUUUAUAUCGUUGAUGUCUUCAAAGGAAUAAGUUAUUUAUGUAUUAAAUGGACCUACAAUAGAACGUAGAAUAUGUCAGUAAUAUAAAAUGUUGUUGACUUGUAAAUUUCAUUUACCGGUUUACCUUUCAACAACUUCUUUUAAACAGACAAUAUUCCGACUAACUGUAUAUUGCAUUGAAAAUAAAGAGAUUCUCCCAUGCAAGACCGUUUCCUUUAUAUAAUCUAACUAUGUAUAUUUGUAUUUCAAUUUGUGGAGUAUUCUUUUGUUAAUGAAUUGAAUAAAUAAUUUUGAAAGUAACCGACGAUUUAUGUAUGAUGUCGUUUGUAUGUAUGUGCAAAGCUAUCAAAUUAAGUUAUAAUUCAAAUUGAACAGUCUAAUUUAGAUAAUUGAUAGUUUCCCUAAUAUUGACUUCUCGAUUCGACUCGAUCGCUAAAUCUGAAAGACAACUGAGAACACAAAAUAAACAAUUCAAUACAAACAGAAUGCAAUGGAAAAAACGAUGGAAGCGAGAAAUCGACAUAGAAUAAAAAAUAACUUGUUACGAGAUACUUUUGUAUAACUUUUGAUAUAAUAUAGUUAACAUGAAUAGAUGCCUAAAUAAUAAAUUAACAUUAAUUUAUUGUAUUAAAAUUUAAAGAGUAAUAAUAAAAAACGUCAAUGACAUGUAAUAAAGUUAAUAGUUGCAGAAAAUAUCGAAAUUUUAGGUUAUUAGAUUUAAAUGUUUAGACGAAGACAUAAGGGAAGUGCUAGGAUAGAUGGUGGUUAGUCAUUAAAUAAAUAAAAAUGUCAACGAUUAGUUAAAUUACGAAUUGAAUUACUUUAAAUCAUAUAAAUAUGACCUUGCGUACAAAAAUAAAUACAAAAAAUAUAUAUAUAUAUACAUAUAAACAACAACAACAACAACGGAAUAGAGUUGCUUAAACGUAAUUAACUACGAUUGGACCGACUACUACAUACGUACCUAUAUGUACGUAUGAUAAAAGAAAUUUAGGUGAGUGAGAUGGUUGCUGCGAAAGAUGCCAAAUGAAAGUAUGAGUCCAUUCCAAGCGACCCUCAAUUUGGACUAUCGAUGAUACAAAAACAAUAAUUUUGUUUUAUAUUUCUGUCAGUAAACACUGAUUACUGACACUGAACACUGAUUAUUUUCACACAAACUUAAUUAAAUUAAGUUAAUUCAAUAACGAAUCAGACACACACAAAUAUAUAUGUAUGUAUAUACAUAUAUAAAUAUACGCACGGAACGAAUUAAACACUAACCAAUUAUCUGAGAGCGAAAGGAUCAGUAAGAGAAUUAACUGAUAUUGAAAUUGAAUACAUAUGUACAUUUGUAUAUCUGAGAUAAUGAAUCGAAAAUUACAAUGGAAAAAUCGUAAUUUUAAUUGAAGCAAACACGAUUUAGGCAAUUAAACUUAAAGUAAAAUUCAAUUUUAUAUCCUAAAUACAGACAAGUCAACUGUCGUAGGUCGAAUAUUGAAAGAAAAAUGGUCAAAAUUUGUUCACAAUUCAAGGAAAAAUACACAAUACAAUUAACAUAAUACUGCAUAUAAGAAACUUAUAAAGGAAUUUCAAUGGGAAAUCAUUUGCAUAUUGAUGCGAAGCG